UUUUACCAUUCUCAUCCCCUGGAAUGCAUCAACGCCUCUAACUUAUCCAUGCAAAAUCAAGACACAAUUGGAUGCGCAGGGUUAGACGCAAAACGUUACGAUGCGCAUAUUUUAAUAACAGCUCAUCGAAAGGUUUGACUGGGUUUUCUUCUUCUCACCAGUUUUCUUCCAAACGUUUAUUUAGCAAUAGCUGUAAGUAAGAGGGACCUAGUCCUCUGUCGGGUCUGAGGCGAAUCUCCUGCUGGGGAGACAAGCUUUGACUCCAGACUGCGCAGAGGCCGCUGGGGUUUGGAAGCCAGUUCAAGACAUAUUUAUUCUACCGAGCACUGGAGUUGUAAACUUUUGAGAGGAGAUGCGGGACAGUAAGUGUGGAGGGUGGCUGCUGCAGUUGACUGUGGUGCUGCUGGCCUCGCUGUCGCUCUGUGCCGAGCCGGGGGACGCUGGAGAGCUGGUGGCCACCGGGGACAGCGGCUUGGUGGCCAAGCCGUCCGAGCCCAGAGCCAGCAGGGCCAAGAGGAGGGGAGGGACGGACGUCCUCAGAGGACCCAAUGUGUGCGGCUCAAGGAACAACGCCUACUGCUGCCCAGGCUGGAAGACGUUGACUGGAGGAAACCAAUGCAUUGUUCCAAUCUGCCGGAGUUCAUGUGGGGACGGUUUCUGCUCCAGACCCAACAUGUGCACCUGUCCCAAUGGCCAGAUUGCCCCUUCCUGUGGCUCAAAGUCAGUCCAGCACUGUAAUAUCCGUUGUAUGAACGGGGGAACAUGUGCUGAGGACCACUGCCUGUGCCAGAAAGGCUAUGUGGGAAACCACUGCGGUCAACCUGUGUGCGAAAAUGGUUGUCUUAACGGAGGAAGGUGUGUGGCUCCUAACCGCUGUGUGUGUACCUAUGGCUUUACCGGGGCUCAGUGUGAGAGAGACUACCGGACUGGGCCUUGUUUUGCCUCAGUGAGUAACCAGAUGUGUCAAGGGCAGCUGACAGGCAUUGUGUGCACAAAGACUCUGUGCUGUGCCACAGUGGGACGGGCAUGGGGUCACCCCUGUGAGAUGUGCCCGGCCCAGCCUCACCCCUGCCGUCGAGGCUUCAUACCAAACCACCGCACCGGGGCAUGCCAAGAUGUGGAUGAGUGCCAGGCCAUCCCAGGCCUCUGUCAAGGAGGAAACUGUAUCAACACAGUGGGAUCUUUUGAAUGUAAAUGUCCCGCUGGACACAGGUUCAACGAGAUCACACAGAAAUGUGAAGAUCUUGAUGAGUGUGCUAACAUCCCCGGCCUAUGCAGUGGAGGCGAGUGCUCCAAUACUGCUGGCAGCUAUUUCUGCAAGUGUCCCCAGGGAUAUUACGCCUCACUGGACGGGUCCAGGUGCAUAGACGCUCGUGGAGGGUACUGCUACGCCAGCCUGCUGAACGGGCGCUGCGCCAACCAGAACUCCCAGCUGUUGACCAAGAUGCAGUGCUGCUGUGACAGUGGGCGCUGCUGGUCGGACGGUUCCACCCCUGAAAUGUGUCCCAUUCGUGGAACAGAGGAGUACCAGAAGCUGUGCAUCCAGUUACCCAGUGGUGGCAGUGGUGUCGUGAUUCCUGGUCAAAUCCCAGGUGGACCCCAGAUUCCUGGGGUCUACCCAGGCAUAUUUCCUGGUCAAGUUCCUGGUCAAGUUCCUGGCCAAGUACCCAUUAUCUUUCCUGGCCAAGGACCCGGUCCCGUUCCAGGGCAAGUUCCCGGUCAAGUUCCAGUGUACCCAGGGCAGCCCAUACCGCCUCCCCCACCAGGCCCUGAUAUUAUCCAAACCCAGAAUAUCACCAACAUGUGCCAGGCCUUCCGCAACCUCUGCCUGAACGGCAGGUGUAUCCCCACCCCUGGCAUUGGAUACCGCUGCGAGUGUAACAUGGGCUUCAGAUUGGAUGCAAGGGGAGAGUGCAUCGAUGACGAUGAGUGUGACAGGAACCCAUGUGCACAUGGCGAGUGUGUCAACACCCCUGGCUCCUACAUCUGCCAGUGUCCUGCUGGAUUCCAGACCACUGCCACCAGGACGGAGUGCCGAGAUCUGGAUGAGUGUGUGGCCAAUGGACGCAUCUGCAACAAUGGCCGCUGUGUGAAUACUGAGGGCAGUUUCCACUGUGUCUGCAACGCCGGCUUCGAGAUCUCAUCAGAUGGCAAAAACUGUCAAGACCAGGAUGAGUGCCUCAUCAGGAAUAUGUGCCUAAAUGGAUUGUGCAUCAAUGAAGAUGGCAGCUUCAAAUGCAUCUGUAAACCUGGCUACCUGCUGGACACAAGCGGGCGCAUGUGUGUAGACAUCGAUGAGUGUGAGACUCCAGGCAUGUGUAUGAAUGGCCACUGCGUCAACACAGAGGGGUCUUUCCGCUGUGAGUGUAUGCCUGGAAUGGCUGUGGGGCUGGAUGGACGGGUCUGCGUUGACACACACAUGCGCAGCUCGUGUUAUGGUGGCUACAAGCGGGGACAGUGUGUGAGGCCUUUAUUUGGAGCCGUGACCAAGUCUGAGUGCUGCUGUGCCAGUACAGAGUACGCCUUCGGAGAGCCCUGCCAACCCUGCCCACCAAAAAGCUCUGCUGAGUUCCUGGCUCUGUGCACUAAUGACCUCGGCACGACCGGCGAUGGAAGAGAUAUUAAUGAGUGUGCCCUUGAUCCUGACAUCUGCCAGAAUGGAGUGUGUGAGAACAUGUUGAGGACUUACAAAUGUAACUGCAAUGAAGGCUUCGAGGUGGACCUGACAGGCAAAAACUGUGUCGAUGUUGAUGAGUGUCUGCUGAACCGGCAUCUGUGUGACAACGGUCUGUGCAGGAACACACCAGGCAGUUUCACCUGUCAGUGCCCCACCGGAUACCGCUUCAGUCCUGAGACUGACGUCUGCGAGGAUAUCGAUGAGUGUGAAUCCAACCCGUGUGUGAACGCAGAAUGUAAGAACAGCCCAGGAUCCUUUUUGUGUUCGUGUUCAUCGGGCAGUACGCUGGAUAGCUCAGGCUUACAGUGUAUAGAGACCACCAAGGGCACCUGCUGGCUGAAGAUGAUCAACGAACGCUGUGAGGUGAACAUCAACGGGGCAACACUUAAGUCCCACUGCUGUGCCACCCUGGGAGAGGCCUGGGGCAGCCCGUGCGCCCGAUGUGAACGAGAUCGAACCUGUAGUAAGGGGUAUGCCAGAGUCAAAGGAAAUGUCUGUGAAGAUGUCGAUGAGUGUGAGGUGUUCCCCAAGGUGUGUGUCAAUGGGAAGUGUGUCAACACACAGGGUUCCUUCUUCUGCCAGUGCCCCUCAGGAAUGACUGUAGAUGCCAGUGGCAGGACGUGCAUCGAUCUGCGUACGGAGCAGUGCUACAUGACUCAUGACGACGAGCGCUGUGGGACACCCAUCCCUGGGCGGCACCGCGUGGACGCCUGCUGCUGCUCAGUCGGGGUGGCCUGGGGCCCCGAAUGUGACGAGUGUCCCGAGAAGGGCUCUCCAGAGUACGCCCAGCUCUGUCCUCGUGGUCCAGGGUUCUCCCUUGGGAAAGACUUCAUCAACGGCAGGCCCUUCCUCAAAGAUAUAAAUGAGUGCAGGAUGAUUAACAGCCUGUGCACAAAUGGAAGAUGUAGAAACACCAUCGGCAGCUUUCGUUGUCGCUGUGACAAUGGCUAUGCUUUGGACUCAGAUGAGAGGAACUGCACUGAUAUCGACGAGUGCCGCAUCUCUCCAGACCUGUGCGGACAGGGCACAUGUGUCAACACACCCGGAGACUUUGAAUGCGAGUGCUUCCAAGGAUAUGAGAGCGGCUUCAUGAUGAUGAAAAACUGCAUGGACAUCGACGAAUGUGAGCGGAACCCUCUGCUGUGCCGUGGAGGCGAGUGUGUAAACACGGAGGGCAGCUUCCAGUGUGUGUGUCUCGAAGGCCACGAGAUCGCUCCCGACGGCUCGGCUUGCCUAGAUAUCAACGAGUGCGAGCUGAGUGAUAAACUCUGCAGGAAUGGGCAGUGUGUCAAUAUGAUUGGGCGCUACCAGUGCACCUGCGACACAGGAUACAAAUCCACUGAGAACAGACUGGAGUGUGUUGAUAUCGAUGAGUGUACCAUUGAGAACGGAGGCUGUGAGACUUACUGCACCAACUCAGAGGGCAGCUAUGAGUGCAGCUGCCACAAUGGAUAUGCCCUGAUGCCUGAUCUCAGGAGCUGCACCGACAUUGAUGAGUGUGAGGAGAGCCCAGACAUCUGUGACGGAGGCCAGUGCACUAACACACCAGGGACGUACCAGUGUCUCUGCUUCGACGGUUUCAUGUCGUCUGAGGAUAUGAAGACCUGCCUGGAUGUGGAUGAGUGUGAGCUGAAUCCAAACAUCUGUCUGAGUGGGAACUGUGAAAACACGAAAGGAUCCUUCAUCUGUCACUGUGAUCUGGGAUACUCUGUACGCAAAGGAACCACCGGCUGCACAGAUAUCAAUGAGUGUGAGAUCGGCGCCCAUAACUGUGACAGACAUGCUACCUGCACCAACACAGCCGGAAGCUUCAAGUGCAACUGUGCGCCAGGUUGGAUUGGUAACGGCCUCAAGUGCACAGACCUGGAUGAGUGUUCAAACGGGACGCACAUGUGCAGCAACAACGCCGACUGUCUGAACACCAUGGGCUCUUACCGCUGCGCCUGCAAGGAAGGAUUCUCUGGAGAUGGAUUCUUCUGCUCAGACACCGAUGAGUGUGCAGAGAACAGCAACCUGUGCGAGAGCGGCCACUGUCUCAACAUGCCCGGAGGCUACCGCUGCGAAUGUGACAUGGGCUUCAUCCCCACUCCUGAUGGCAAGGCCUGCGAGGACAUAGACGAAUGUACAUUUGCUGACAUCUGUGUCAAUGGACGGUGCCAGAAUAUUCCAGGCCUUUUCAGAUGCGAAUGUAACAUUGGCUACGAACUGGACAGGAGCGGAGGCAAUUGUACAGAUGUCAACGAGUGUGCAGACCCAACCAUCUGUAUAAAUGGAGUGUGUGUCAACAUCCCUGGCAGCUACCACUGUAACUGUCCGUCAGACUUUGAACUCAACCCCACUCGGGUGGGCUGUGUAGACACUCGUUCUGGAAGCUGCUUCCUGGACGUUCGUUCCCGAGGAGAUGCAUCAGAGAGCUUGGACUGUUCCAACGAGAUUGGUGUCGGUGUGUCCAAGGCGUCCUGCUGCUGCUCCCUGGGCCUCGGCUGGGGGACUCCGUGUGAAGCCUGCCCCCCUGUCAAUUCAACGGAGUACAGGACGCUGUGUCCCGGAGGAGAGGGCUUCAGACCCAACCCCAUCACUGUCAUCCUAGAAGACAUCAAUGAGUGCCAGGAGCUUCCAGGCUUGUGCCAAGGAGGAAAUUGUAUCAACACCUUUGGCAGCUUCCAGUGUGAAUGUCCAAAAGGCUACGCACUCAACAUAGAAACCAGAGUCUGUGAGGAUGUGAAUGAGUGUGAGCGGCCAGGUAUCUGUGGCCCAGGCCAGUGCUACAACACCAUAGGGAACUACACCUGUAUCUGUCCUGUGGACUACAUGCAGGUCAAUGGAGGAAACAACUGCAUGGACAUGAGGAAGAGCUACUGCUACAGGAACUUCCACUCUAACGGAACAUGUGACGGAGAGCUGACCUUUAACAUGACCAAAAAGAUGUGCUGUUGCUCCUACAACAUCGGCCGUGCGUGGAACAAGCCCUGUGAACAGUGUCCUGUGCCCAGCACCAAUGAGUUUUCGUCCCUGUGCGGAAGCGAGCGACCAGGAUACUACAUCGACAUCUAUACCGGACAGGUUAUUGAUAUUGAUGAGUGCAGGGAGAUCCCAGGCGUGUGUGAGAAUGGAGUAUGCAUCAACAUGAUUGGCAGCUUCAGGUGUGAGUGCCCCAUUGGCUUCAUCUACAACGACAAGCUGCUGAUUUGUGAAGAUAUUGACGAAUGUCAGAACGGACCAGUGUGCCAGCAGAACGCAGCCUGUCUCAACAUGCCGGGGAGCUUCCGCUGCGAGUGUAAACCUGGCUAUCGCUUCACCUCCACCGGACAGUGUCUGGACCGCAACGAGUGUGCCGAGAAUCCCGCUAUUUGCAGUCCCGGCCAGUGCAUCGACACACUGGGGAGCUACCGCUGCCUCUGUCCCAAUGGCUUCAAAGCAACUGCAGACGCGUCCAUGUGCAUCGAUGUGGAUGAGUGUGAGAGACCCCCCUGUGGCAACGGGACCUGUAAGAACACAGUGGGCUCGUACAACUGCGUCUGCUACCCUGGAUUUCAGAACUCGCACAACAGUGACUGCAUUGACACUGAUGAGUGUGCCACCCAGAGGGGCCUGUGUAGGAACGGCCAGUGUGUGAACACGGUGGGCACCUUCUACUGUGUGUGCCCUGAUGGCUACGAGCUCACUCCAGAUGGCAGGCAGUGUGCAGAUAUCAAUGAGUGUGCGGUGAAUCCCGGGACGUGUGGGGCAGGGACGUGUGUGAACCUGGACGGCUCCUACAGGUGUAUCUGCCCACCUGGCUACUAUCUCCAUGAGGAGACCUGCGAAGAUAUUGAUGAGUGCUCCCAGCAGCCUGAGAUGUGUACGUUUGGGACCUGCUCCAACACCGAGGGGAGCUUCACCUGCUUGUGCCCUGAAGGCUUCCAGCUGUCUUCGUCAGGGCGCAGAUGUCUAGACAUGCGUGUGAACUACUGCUACACCAAGUUUGAGAACGGGCGCUGCCUGGUUCCAAAGCCGACAAAUACCACCAAGGACCAGUGCUGCUGCAACGCAAUGCCAGGCCAGGGCUGGGGCGACCCCUGUGAAAUCUGCCCCAGCAAGGAAGAGGAUGCAUAUCGGCAUCUCUGUCCCAAUGCGGGAUAUCGACGGGAUCUUAAUGACAACCCUGUGGAUAUCGACGAGUGCCUGACCGACCCUUGUGUUAAUGGCCAGUGCAUCAACACAGACGGCUCGUUCCGCUGCGAGUGCCCCAUGGGAUACAAACUGGACACAACCGGAAUCAACUGUGAAGACACUGACGAGUGUGACAUUGGAAACCCAUGUGGCAACGGCACGUGCACUAAUGUCAUCGGGGCGUUUGAGUGUGCAUGUGAUGAGGGCUUUGAACCCGGCCCAAUGAUGACUUGUGAAGACAUAAACGAGUGCUCCCAGAAUCCUCUGCUGUGCGCCUUCCGAUGUGUCAAUGUGGUGGGCUCCUAUGAGUGUAAAUGUCCUGCGGGGUACGUGCUGCGUGAAGACAGGAGGAUGUGCAAAGACCAGAAUGAGUGUGAGGAUGGUGUAGAUGACUGUGCCGGCCGAGGUAUGACCUGCAAGAACCUCAUUGGUACAUACAUGUGCAUCUGCUCCCCUGGAUACACACGCCUGCCCAGUGGAGAGGGCUGCAUGGAUUUGAAUGAGUGUUCAGCCAAGCCAGGCAUCUGCAAGAACGGUCGAUGUGAGAACACAGUAGGAAGCUACCGAUGCAGGUGUGACCAAGGAUUUGUUCCCAACCCCACACAGACUGAGUGUAUUGAUAACCGUGAGGGCUUCUGUUUCACGGAGGUACUGACCACGCUGUGCCAGAUGACGUCGAGCAACAGGAACCUGGUGACCAAGUCAGAGUGCUGCUGUGACGGAGGCAGGGGCUGGGGCACCAACUGUGAGCUCUGCCCCCUCCCUGGGACCACCCAGCACAAGAAGAUGUGUCCUCUGGGCCCUGGGUACACCACUGAUGGCAGAGAUAUCGAUGAGUGUCGUGUGAUGGGCAACCUGUGCAAGAACGGCCAGUGUAUCAACACACUGGGUUCCUACAGCUGUAUCUGCAAGACCGGCUACACCACUGACAUCACUAGCACGCUGUGUGUGGAUGUGGAUGAGUGCAUUCAGGCACCGAAGCCUUGUAACUUCAUCUGUAAGAACACAGAGGGAGGGUACCUCUGCUCCUGCCCACGUGGAUACAUCCUACAAGAAGAUGGAAAGAGCUGCCGAGAUCUGGAUGAGUGUUCGACCAAACAACAUAACUGUCAGUUCUUGUGUGUUAACACCAUCGGUGGGUUCACCUGCAAAUGCCCUCCUGGCUUCACUCAGCAUCAUACUGCUUGUAUUGACAACAAUGAAUGCGCUACAGACCCCAACUUGUGUGGCUCCAAUGGAGUCUGCCAGAACAGUCCAGGAAGCUUCAACUGCGAGUGCCAGCGAGGUUUCUCAUUGGACCCCAGUGGACAAACCUGUGAAGAUAUGGAUGAGUGUGAUGGCAACCACAGGUGUCAACAUGGCUGUCAGAACCUGGUAGGCGGCUACAGGUGCAGCUGUCCACAAGGAUACCUGCAGCACUACCAAUGGAACCAGUGUGUGGAUGAGAACGAAUGUCAGAACAGCCAGAUAUGCGGGGGAGCAUCGUGCCACAACACCCUGGGGAGCUUCCGCUGCCUUUGCCCCACUGGCUUCAACUACGAGCAGGGCGGAGGCUGCACAGAUGUCAAUGAGUGCUCAUCCAGCCAGAACCCCUGCAACUAUGGCUGCUCAAACACAGACGGCGGUUACCUCUGUGGGUGCCCGCCUGGAUACUACCGCGCAGGACAAGGGCACUGCGUCUCAGGUGUGGGCUUUAGUGCCGGCUCUAACAUCGCACAGGGAGGAGAGUCAGAGGAUAAUUCACUGUCUCCUGAGGCCUGCUAUGAGUGCAAGAUCAACGGCUAUCCCAAGAAGGGACGUAAGCGUCGCAGCACCAACUCAACAGAACCUUUGGGAGACACACAGCUGGCCGAGGAGGAGAUGGUCAGCCUGGCCAGUGUGGACAUCGAGGACACCCUGCUGUUCCACCUGAACAUCAGUGACCUGAGCAGCCGUGACCACAUCCUGGAGUUCCUCCCAGCCUUGUCUACUCUCACUGACCAUGUGCGCUACAGUAUUGACUAUGGAAAUGAAGACGGCUACUUUAAGGUCAACCAGAGAGAGGGUGUGAGCUACCUGCAUCUGACCAAGAAGAAGGCCCUUGUCCCCGGGGCCUACUACCUUCAGAUCAGCAGCGUUCCCCUCUACAGGAAGAAGCAGCUGGCUGAGCUGGAGGACAGACAUGAUAAAGACUACCUCACAGGACAGCUGGGAGACAUACUGAAGAUGAGGGUACAGAUCAUCCUCCAUUAACCACCAUAAGACUGAAGCAGGCAGACGUUGCCAGCAACUGCUAAUCCAGGGUCAGGCUGAAACUCCCGAAAAGGCCAGGCCUGAACCACCAGGAGGGUAAUCUCUGACUCUGGGUCAGUGGUUAGGGGGCAACUUCAACCUGCUGCGAUAGAGAGAAGGGCUCGCCACCAAAGAGACAAGGGGGGGAAUGGGGGACUGCAUCAUUUGAUUCCCAAAGAGAUUCUACAUAUCAUAGAUACAAACUUGUGGCUUUUGCGUAAAACGCCAGCUGAAUUUGGCGGUAUGAAAGAUAUGAUGGUCAAAUGAAGAACAUGUUGCCCUUACAAACAACUUCAGCUGUGUGUAGAGCGCUCUGGAGAGUGUGAAGAAGGCUUUUUAGUGUAGGGUUUCAUUUUUUGUAUGAUGAUAUGUGGAAUCGGGCACCACUUUGAAGGGCAUGUGGACUGCAGAAGGCUCUGCUGGCUGAGUUUUAAACACUCGGCUUAGGUAGAAGAAAAGGUUGAGUCCCAAUAGUCUGAACUGACUUCAUUUCCUCCCCUCAGGUAAAUGACUGAGCAAACCUGGAUACAAGCAAAUAAAGUUUUUUUUUUCCUUACCCAGAUAUUAGUUUAUUGAAGUGAAGAUGAAGAAAUGGUUAGGAGAGGAAAGGAACCCACCAUGGACUAUUGAGAUGUGGCCAUGUCUGAGCUUGAAUGACUCCUGCAUAUUUAAACUAUGCUUUUCCAUCUUUCCUACUGACUAGAAUAAUUCAUAUUUACUGGUGCUAGCAACACGACCACAUAGACUUCUGAAUGCACUGUACUACUCUACAAAACUCGGUAGUCAACAAAAUGCAAUCCCGUCGGCCAUUCUUAAGAUUUCAUGUGUCUUUGCAACCAAAACAGUUAGCUUCAUAGCCUGUCUGCUCUCCUCUAUACUACAUGUAAAUUAAGUGUGUUUAUACUGUAAUAAUCAAUGCCACUUUUAAUCUAUGAAGCAUUUGUAAACUAGAGGAAGCCCCUGGAAUGGAGGGGUAUGUAAUGGUGCUUAUAAUGACCAACUACUUCCUUUGUAAACUGUGUAUACAUACACACUCACACACACACACCUGCACACACAACACACAUUGUGAUGAUGCCAAACCUGGGCCUUCAUGAUUAUGCACUGAGGUCUUCAUGGCCACACAUUCUCUCACAAGUACAAUCAGUGCUGCAUCGCCACGGACCAGCCUUAGACACCUGUCUGUGUUCUCUGUUCACAUCAGUGAGGGUUUAGUUGUAAAUUCACAAUAAAAAACAUAUUUUUGGUGUACAUGUA